AUGUCUGUAUUCGACGAGGAGUUCCAGCAUGAGCUCACCAGUCAAUCAUGGGCCCUCUAUGCCGUGGGUAUACUCCUGAUAAUUUUCAGAAUGUAUGCACGCGCGCACAGAGUGGGACUCUCAGGGCUGGCAACAGAUGAUUAUCUGAUGCUCGUGGCAGCGUCGUGGUACACUAUCUUGAUCGUCUGUUUGAACGUCAUUGCUGGAGGCGGCGGGAGCAACCUGUUCCUUCCUGAGGAAUACGCCGAAUUCACCAAAGCCGACAUUGAAGAUCGAAUCAUGGGAUCGAAAAUCGUCAUCGUUUCCGAGCAGGGCAUGCUGAAUGUCAUCUACACACUCAAGAUAUGUCUCUUGAUCAUGUACAGCCGCCUGACAACAGGCGUAGCCCAACAUCGUCUUGUCCAAUUUCUCUUCGCCUAUGUGGCCGUGGGAUGGCUGGCUACAGAGAUUACCUUCUUUGCGUCUUGCAGACCCUUCAACGGCUAUUGGGCAGUACCACCUCCGGAUCCUCAAUGCGCCACUCUGGAACGCUACGCAAUCGUCCAGGUUUGCUUCAACCUGUCUAGCGAUCUCGGCAUCCUAGUGAUUCCAGUACCCAUGCUCACUAAGUUGAAUAUGCCUUUUCGACAACGGCUGGUCCUCGGGCUCGUCUUUAGCUUGGGCAUCUUUGUCAUCAUCGCCGCAAUUCUCACCAAGGUAUACAACCUUUCCGAUGUUUACGACACAUCGUAUAUGCUGUGGUACACGCGCGAAGCAUCAGUCGCAGUAUACGUCGCCAAUUUACCGAUGAUAUGGCCUCUCCUUCGCGAAUGGUUCCCGUGCUUGCGCAAUAUUUCGACGGGCAAGAGCUACCCUGCAGAACGACGACCAUCCGGAUACUACGGAGAUGGAACACGGCUACGCAGCACGCCGGGCGCGAAACAACACAGAACGAUCCGCGAUCUCAGGAUCUCGCACCACUCGAAAACAUUCACGAAAUCGAAUUCAGGGGGUUCGUUCGUAAAAGGCGACAUAGAACUAGGGAUCAAAAGUAUCGCGACGGUGCGCAGUGGCAGUCCGGCGAGCUCGGAGCGGGCGUUGAACCCGGGAGAUAUCCGCGCCGAAGUCACAAUUGAAGUGGCGCGUGAAAGGCCGGAGGAGAAUGAUGGCAGUCGGCCGGCGGGAAUGAGCCAGGGCGACGCAUUGACGUGGACGCAUGCCACAUCGACUGCGCCCAUGACCGAGACCAGCAUAAGCGGACCGGAGCGAUUUGAGAGAUGA